GGGAGGUCUUCGUGGCCGACGAGGGCACGGCCGACGAGGGCACGGCCGACGAGGGCACCCGAGUUCCUUGGGCUCAGGACCAUAAUCUGAGUUGGCCCCUUUUCGGCCGACGGGGGCGUCUUGGCCGACGAGGGCGCCACUCUGUGUCUUGUGCUUUCUGUUCUUCCGAGUAUGUGGGUCCAGGGGCUCAGACCCAUAUACUCCAUCAGGAGUCCCCCACUCUCUAAGCUGAGACGUAGACGAAGUGAAGGAGAGUAGAUUCCCGUGUUUUAGCGCUUUUGGCCGAUGCGGGCAUCCCCGGGUCGUUAGCCGUUGCGGCGUUGGCGUUGUUUCCUCUUUGGUGUGUUCAUUCGAGGACGAUGAGUCUCCCGCUUCGAUGGUGGCCGUUGAAGGCACGCUUUCCUUUUCAUGGGUGUUGAUGGUUGAAGUUUGGGCCGAUGAGGCCGUUGAGGUUGUUCCUUGCUCUGAGGACGAUGGCGUCCUUUCCUUUGGGUGGCCGAUGGGGGUGUUUGCGCACUCCUUUUGGCCGUCGUUGAUUAGCUUUCAUGUUUCUGGCCGAAGAGCCCCUCGUGAUUAAGUGAUGGCGAAGGACGAUGAGCGUCCUUGCCUUUGGUGGCCCGUUGGCCGUUGCAGAUGACGUUGUGUGCCUUCGGUCGACGAGGUGUAGUGUGACGCAUGGCCGAUGUGGCCAUGCUCUGUGGUUACCUUGUUUGCAUUCUCUUUUGUUUUGUUGAGGCCGGUGUAGUCCCCCAGUCCCCCACUUCUUCAGGCCGAAGAGUGUGAGGGGUGAAGGAGUUGCCUGUGUCCCAGGCCGAGGCGGCCUCUCCGUAGUGCCCCUGAAUCCAACCCUUAUGGCGAUUUUCUGGCCAAGGUAACCCUGUGGGAGAACCCUUGUGCGCAGAUCGCUUGUAAAGAGUUAUCAUCAAGGGUCGUUACGAGGAGCCGACGGCUGUGGGUUUUUGUUCCUUUGGUCCUGUGGCCGUUCAUUACGUUCCUGGCCGUUGUCAUCUCCCUAUCGUUGGUACUUGUGAAUUUGGUAUGUGAAUAGGCCGCUGUGGGCGCUUGCUGGCACUUGUGAAGCCGGCAAGCGUAGAGGCCGUAGAGUCUGUUUUGCUGGUGGGCUCUUGAUGUUUUGCUUGGCCCGUUGUUGACGUGGUGGCCUCUCAUUGGUGGCCGUUGACGUGGCCAUUGGGAGGGUGCCACGUGUAGUGACCGUUGGGUGGGGGGUUCUAUAAAUACCCCUCCCCCUCCGACGAGAAAACUCAUUUGCUUUCUGAGUUUUGUCGAAGUGCUGCCCGGAUUUCUAGAGAGAUAAACUCUGAAGCUUGUUCUUCAUGUUCUUCGUUUGUUCAAGGUUAGUGUUCAUCGAAAUCCUCUCUGUACUUUGCAUGUUUUGCUUCCUAGGCUAGUGAUCUAGUGUUAGGCCCUUGAGUAUCCUUAGAUCUUGAAGUAGGCUGCAGUAUAUUCGAGAUAGUGUUUAAGAUGAAAAACCUCAACGAGGAGUACUAUCCUUAUGACGACGAGCCCUCUGCCCAGUCCCUUGAUUAUGACCUUCUCGAGGAGUUCUGUGAGGAGAUUGAGAAUCUGAGCUCGUUCCGUACCGGGGAGCCGGCCAAAGAGGACCAUGCGGACGAGGGGUCUGCGUCAUCGUCUGGGGGUGAGGACGCGGGGGUCUCUCGAACUGCUGAUGGGGCAUCCACGUCGGCUGCCAUCCCCUGCCCUAAACUUGUGUCUGCUGUGAAGGGCGUUGCACCGCCGAGGAGGGUUAGGAGGCCGAAGAGAGGGCCAACCUUUUCUCACCUUGAUUUGACGAACAUCUAUGUCAUCAGGCCGCAGAGUAAUGCGGGGGAAUACUUGGUCGCCCAAAUGUAUGUGGGGCCGUACGGCAGGGUUAGGGCCCCCAGGCCGACGGACCAUGUCCUCAAUCCCCCCCGGGCUACUUCGGAGUGUACCCGAUGAGCUUUGCUAAAGGGCUUAGGUUUCCGCUUCAUCCUUUUAUCACUGAGUACCUGGAUAUGGUGGGGCUCCCUCCGGCCUUGUUGACGCCGAAUAGCUACUCCCUCAUCGUCGGCUUCAUCCUGCGGUGUGCUGAAUUGGACUUCAGGCCGACGACGGCGCUGUUUAUGAACUUAUAUCAGAUAGGCCGUGGGAGUCAUCAGAACUGUGCGUCGUAUGCCACCCUUCAACAACUUCCCAAGAAGAGGAGUUUCACAGACCUGCCGACGUCCAUCCAUGGGUGGAAAGGGAAGUUUGUGUUCGUGUCUCUGGGCGAGGGGGGCACAGAGUUUCCCUCCGUCGGCCACACAGGCCAUUUUAAUCUUCAUGAUGCGCCGAGGAGCUCCAUCCUGGACGCUCAAGUUGAGGCCUUCCUGGAGGGGGGCCGAGGAGUGUGAAGACAUAUAUUACCGAGUACAAGAUGGCCGCCCUCGGCUUUGUAUGGUAUUUUGUGUAUGGUGAUCUCGACGAUGAUGUGGAGUUGUGGCCGAAGAUGACCACGUCCUAUGAGGAGGUUGAUAGUCCCGAUCUGGGGGUGCCAGCUGAGGCCGAUGGUAAGUCCCUUCUGACGUGCUUCCUUGUCGUACUUUCGUAUUUUGCUUUCUAACCCUUAGUGUUUUUUUUGUGAUGCAGGUUUUGUGAUGGACCGCAUGUCGUUCAUGAAGAGGGCCCAACUCAAAGCGGCCGAGGAGCUGAAGGCCCAACAACCUGGGGCUACUGCUGCGGCCAAGCCGCCGGUGCAGCCGAAGAAGAAGAGGCAGGCCGAAGAGGGCCAGAAGAAGUUGACGGAGGUGGGAAUGAAGCCUCCCAAGAAGUCAAAGAGGGCUUCUUCUGCCGGCGAUGCUGGGACGUCGGCUGUUCCUUCUGGGGACGGAGAGGGUUCAAAUCCUGAUGCUAUGGUGGGCCACCCUUCAGGCCCGUCGUCCACCACUCUUUCCACUAUUCCUGCUCCCUCAACGGCCGCCCGGAAGAAAGGGUCCGGCCGAGAGCUGGUCAGAGGGACCUAUAAGCUCGAGGUAGAGUACCCCGUCAAAGGGGGGCUGUUCAAUGAAAUCGUUGACGGCCACGAGGUGAUUUCUCAGGCCAUCCCUGAUGAAGACCGGGCUUAUCUGAAGAAGCUCGGCCACGUGAAGAUGUACGAUGGUGGGAUGGACCACGUCGUCCAAGGUGCCUUCAUGUUGAUGGAGAACAACAGGAGGCAACAAAAAGAGAUUGCCCGUCUGAGGCAAUUUGAGCAGAAGGUUGCCUCAGCCGAUGAGGCACUAGGCAGCUUAGAGAGGCUGCGUCUUGAGGUUGAGGGCCUUAAGAAGAGGGCCGACGAGGCCGACCAAUUGGCCGCUGAGAAGGAGGGGGCUCUCCAGCGCUUGGCCGACGUGGAGCGUGCCCGCGAUGAGGCCCUUCAGCGCGCCGAGGAGGCCGAGAAGGGCAAGGCUAGUGCAGAGUUGGCUCUCGUCGCUGCCGAGGAGAAAGCCGCUGAUGCCGCUGUGCAGAAGUUUAUUGAAGUCGGUUGGAAGGACGAGGGCCGGCUUCCAUUCUGUUUUGAGGUCGUGGCGGCCAGACUCGUUCACUGGGUGAACCAAUCCCCCGACGGCCAGGCCUAUUGGGAGAAGGAGAUGAAGGUCUUUUAUGACCUUGGCCAAUACCGGAUGCAACGAUUGUUGUACAGGAGGCUGCAACGGCGUUUCAUGGAUAUCGGUGUGUCCAAAGAGUGGGCCGUCGGCCUCGAGUUGCCUCCUUUGAUGAAGCAUCCUGAGGCAGAGUUGGAGCUUCCGGUGGCCGAGCGGCAGCUCCCUAUUGAGAGCUCACGCAUCAGCGAUGACUGGGCGUAUGAGCGGAGCAUGUUCGAAGAUACUGCCACGUCGGCUGCCCCUGCCGGUACAUCUGUUGUCACGGCCGAGGGGGGUCCUGAGGCCGAGAAAGACUCUGAAGCCCCUCCAGAGAUCUGAUCCUUUGUAGUUUUAUUUCUUUGUGCUAUGUAACGGCCUAGAAGCCCUCCUUGUACUCAAUUUAUAUUGAAUGGAAAUGUUUUCGUAGUACUUGCUGUCUGCGUCGUCG